AUUCGCACACUAUCGAACUUGGCUUUCAAGAUGUUGAUAUGGUUAGUACUGACAGAAAAUAUGGGAGAGGAGGGAAGAGGGAAAGGCAGUAAAGCAAAUACUACAAAAGCCAGUUCCCGUCUCAAACAACGAAGACUUGCGGGAAUCAGAUACACCAUCCGUCACAAUCCUUUUCCCCAUCAUCCUCUUUUUCAGGCUCCCAUAAGCGCCAACCAUGGCCCACCUACAAACCGACAUCCCCCGAGACAUCGACUUCCUCCCCCCCGGCGGCGGCGGCAGCCUUCGCAUCGCCUACGCCAAGCAUCUCCUGCGAGAAUACCUGGAAGAGGAGCACGCCAAGAGACACGGAUGGUCCAAAGAAGAAGACCGCGGUCUCAAGCCCAUCUUCCGCCAUGUCCCGUCGUCCCUAGAUGAUGUCGAAGAGAGCGAUGGUCUUCUUUCUGAUGGAGAACCCCCCUUUAAGGGCAAGAUCUGCAUUGUGGGCGCUGGUGUCGCUGGCUUGUUCACUGCGCUGAUGCUCAAGAUGAGUGGGAUCUAUAACUUUGAUGUUGUUGAAGCGUCGGAUAGAGUUGGUGGAAGGCUCUAUACCCAUUGGUUCUCAGAUAAGAAGAAGCCGGACUCGGAGCAUGAUUAUUAUGAUAUUGGUGCGAUGAGGAUUCCGGAGAUCAAGACUAUGCAGUCUGCCCUCGACCUCAUCAAGUUUCUCAAACUUGGUGACAAGUUGGUGGAAUACAACUAUACGGAGAAAAGCGAAGGCAAAAUUCCAGUUCCACAUAUGUGGUGGUACAAGAACAAGAAGCCAGAUGGAAGCAAGUUCGACUGUGCGAUAAAGAGUGUCAUCAAGAGCUUCACUCAGGCUCAAAGCUUUGACAUGGCUUUCAAGAAGUACAUGGACGGAUCCAAUGACUACUAUUCCACGCGUGCAUGGCUCAUGCUCCAAGCUUGCCCAAAAUUGACAUAUGAGGAGACGGCUAUGGGCGAGGCGUCUGAUACGUCCACCGGCCUUUUCGACCAGGCUUUCACCGAGACCAUCUGCGACUAUUGCGACUUCGCCGCGGCCGAGAAGGCUAAGUGGUGGCGUCUCGAAGGUGGCAUGAACCAGGUAGCUGAGGAAAUGCAAAAGCUCAUUGAGAAGCCCGACUGGCCCGUAGAGGGCGCCCCCGGAAUCAAGAUCACCACUUCACGCCCCGUAACCGCCAUGUCAGAAACCGUUGACCGUUCCGCCAUCAGCGUAACCACCACCUGCCCGAAGGGGCAGUCACCAUCCACAACCGACUACAGCGCCGUCUUCUCCACCACCGCCAUGGCCCCCCUCCGGCGCAUCGACAUCGAAGGCCUGCACCUCCCCGACAAGAUCCUGACCGGCAUCCGCUCGCUCAGCUACGACCGUGCCACGAAAGUAGCCAUCAAGUUUGCCUCGCCAUGGUGGACUCUUGUAGGCGGCGUCUCGUCCACGGACCUGCCCAUCUCCAACGUCGUCUACCCGUCCUGGAACGACGGACCCGACAAGCCGGCCGUGCUGAUGGUCUCGUACUCCUGGGCGCAGGAUGCUACUCGCAUGGGCGCUUUGGUGCCAGAUUACACCAAAACCAAACCCUCCAAAGACGAUGAGGUCGUCUCCGUCUGCCUCAACGCUCUAGUCAAGCUCUUCUCCAAAGCCGACCCCAAGACCCUCGCCUCCACCGUCCCUAUGCCCAUCACGCUCGACUUCCUCCGGUCGCAGUACGUCGACCACCACGCCUUCGCAUGGUCUCACGACCCCUUACAGGGAGGCGCCUUUGCGCUCUUCGGACCGGGCCAGUUCAAGGAUCUCUACCCGGCUUUCCAGAAGGUGUACUGCAACGGUAAGUUCUUUAUGAGCGGCGAGGCGUUGAGCACGCACCAUGCGUGGAUCAGCGGGGCGGUGGAUAGUGCGUAUAUGAGCUUUUUAACAUUUUCGACGGUGUAUAAGCUGGAGAGGGAGAUGGUGAAGGUCAAGGCGAGUAAUUUGGUUGGCGAAAGGGGGGAGAAUCCGGAGGAGGUGGAUGAGUUUUUGUUGAAGUGGGCGGCGAAGUUGAGUAAGGGGUGUAAAGUCCAGGGUGAUAAUACUUGGGGCCGUUCACAUUUCCAGAAUGGCGCUGAUGAGGAGAAGGGGGAGCUGGAUGAGGAUUGGUGUGAUUGCUGCUGAGUCUAGCAUUGGUGUUAGCUCAACCGGUCAGGUGCUUCGUAUGUUGUAGAAGGACGAUAGAGGAUGGAUGGAUGAAGCUGAAGUGGCCGUACUGGGAGGAGGGGGGUCUUACGAUCUGUACUUAGACACCUCGAGAACCCCCGAUGUCAAACUGGUUACGACUGCCAAUUUACCAUCAAUUGACUGUCCCGCCCGACGAAACGUCCAAAUGCCUAAACGUCUGAGAUAUUCGGAUUGUCAAAAGAUUGUGAAUUAACGGUCAAUUAGGUACGAAAUCUCUCAAAGGUGAAACGUUAGUGCAUCUAAACAUCAAAAAAACUCGAGGGCUCUAAGAACAGGUCACUAAAUUCCGAAUUGUCAUAGGACCGUUCGCGGAC